UCCGCCUGUUGGCCUCCAUGUAUCUCUAUAUAGACGUAUAAACAUAUACACACAGAAUACAAAAUCGCCACUGUAAAACCCUAGCUGUUCUUCAAUCUUCUCAAUGCAGAAUUUUAAUCAACCCCAUCUUAAUUUCAAGGGUAAUUCUUGAUUGGUUCCUCAUUAGUGAUUAGAUUUUGGCAAUUGAAGUGUGGUAGUUGGUAAAAAGGUUGGAAAUUUAACUUAUUCGAGAAUGGACACUGAAUCUCUAGUUGAGUCCCAAUUGUCAAAAGAUGUGGAUGUUAAUAGCACUUGUACUGAAUCGAAAGAUUUGCGUAGUGAUAAUUUGAACCAAAGUAAUGUCGGUGCUCAAUCGGAUUGUGUGCAAGCAAUGAGUGGUGGUAUGAGCAAUAAUAAGUUGGUUGAGACAAAUGGGCAAGCUAGUUCGGGUUCUAAACGAGCUCGAGUUAGUGAUGAUCUGCAGGCGGCGGUGCAUGUAAGAUUUGAGUGUUUGUCGAGAGAGAGCAAGAAAAAGCUUGAGGAGCUUUUAAGUGAAUGGUCAAAGUGGCAUGCCGCGCAUUGCGUUUCAUCUAAGGAUUCAUAUGAUGCUCUGGAAUCUGGUGGGGAAACAUACUAUCCUGCUUUACAAUGCGGAACAGAAAAUACAUCUGUGUCCUUCUUGAUGGAAACACAAGCAAUGAAAAAGCAGAAGAUUGAUUGUCUUUCAUUGAAAUGUGAUUCUGUUCCUCUUUAUGAUCGAGAAUAUGACUUUGCUUUGAAGUUGACUAAUGGAUCUAAUGAGGAGGAUAGGGUCUUAAGUCCUCUAAAUGCUUCUCGUUGCUUUAAUUGUGGCACCUACGGCCAUUCACUUAAGGAGUGUCCUAAACCUAGAGAUAGCCUUGCUGUUAGUAAUGCAAGGAAAGAGCACCAGUUGAAAAAGAACCAGAAUGGUGGGAGUGGGACUCAUGUAUUAACUCGGUAUUAUCAAAAUACCCCUCGUGGAAAGUAUGAUGGAUUGAAGCCUGGUGCUCUUGAUGCUGAGACAAGAAAACUACUUUGUCUUGCGGAACUUGAUCCACCUCCAUGGCUCAAUAGAAUGCGUGAACUGGGAUACCCGCCCGGAUAUCUAGAUGUUGAAGAUAGCGACCAGCCCUCUGGAAUUACAAUAUUCGAUGAUGAUGAAUCUUGUCAACAAAAGGAGAUAACUGAAGAAGUGGUUGUUGUAGAACCAGGGAGAACAAGGAGUGUCAGUUUUCCGGGAAUUAAUGCACCAAUACCAGAAAAUGCAGACCAGAGCCGGUGGGCAGCUUCACCGUUGCCCCAAAACAUUAAUCCUUCAGGUUACCAUUCCAAUCAGUGGUCCAACAUCUCCUCUGAGUUACCGUAUAGAGGGAACUCCUAUUUUGAGAGACAGCAGUCAGACAAUAGAAAUGGCUUCUUCUCAGGCUAUGCACAAGAACUUGACUCUUUAUUGUCUAGUUAUUCUGGUUACUCUCAUUACAAAGAACCUGAUUGUGCUGCUAGCAGUGGUUCUACUUUAAGGGACGGAUAUUCUAGACUAAGCGGCCAACAUACUCCUGGUUUAUCCCCUAGCUACGGAAAUUAUGUUUCCAGUCACAGUAGUGGGUCAAAUUUAACGGAUGAGUUUCUUGGAGCCCAUAGGGGUCAUCAAUUUGAUGUUAGGCCUGAUCAUUUGCCAAGUGCCAGUAAUCACAGUCCUUUCAAUAUUUCCCCUAAUCAGUUUUCAUAUUCGCGCCCAUUUUAGGAAGGUUGCAGGUCUUCUAAUUCUAAUCUAGGUGCAAGGCUUAAGUGCUCAAUAUGUAUCCCGUUAAUUCCUAAUAUAUUGGCUUUUGACUUUCUCGAUUUGCUCAUUCCAUCAGCUAAAACUUGUAAAAGUUAUUGAGCCAACUUUGUUUUGUGUACAUUGCAUGAUACAUCAAGUUAGUAAAACAUUUUGAGAUUAUCUAUAUGCCAGUUUUCCUUUUCGUUCAUGCGUUA